AUGAACCGUACAUAUGACACACGUUUUCUUGAUUAUGAAGUAUCAAAUAUAAUAGAAAAUUCAAUUAAAGCAACUCUUGGCUCUCAAUCAUAUCAAAAGACAAAAGUUAAUACAUGGUCAGCACAUAUAGUAGAAGCUAUACUGAGUUCAUUAGCAAGAUUGAAUAAACCAUUUAAAUAUAUUGUAUUUUGUGUAAUUAUGGAAAAAAAUGGUGCCGGUUUACAUACAGCAAGUUCAUGUUUAUGGGAUAGUACAACUGACAACUCAUGUACUUUUCGUUGGGAAAAUCCGACAAUGUUUGCUAGUAUAUCGGUUUUUGGUGUAUCUAACUGA